AUUCACCAAAAUAAUCAACAAGCGUGAAAAAUAAUCGAAAAAACGUCAAAAUUGUUUUUGUGUAGGCACCAGGUCGUCAUCAAGAGACGUAGUAGCUAUGGACUUGCGGCCCUUUAGGGAGAUCACUGAAGAGUUACUUUUGGGGUAUCAACGCGGGUCAAGUUAUUGGGUUACCGUCACUAAUAUUACUACGCCAAUUAAUUUUUAUGUCCGCUCUACAAACUAUGAUAACCUCCUAGAGCUUCUGCAAUCUCAUUUUGUAAAAGCAAUAAAAGAAGAACAUAAUGUUUACCCAAACCUUGAUGACAUUGUAGUGUAUAGAGCUUGGGGCAGAGGUGGAAAGAUAAUGCGUGGUCGAGUAAUCCAAAUCAACCUAUCAGAACUGUCAACAACCUGCCAUAUAUUUGCAUUGGAUUAUGGUUACAUAGAUGAAGAUGUAGAAUUAAAAGAUAUAUUCUUAUGUGAUGAAGAUAUAGAGGCAAUACCACCAUUAGCUAUUCAAUGCCAGUUGUACCAGUGCGGUUUAAUUGGUGAUUCCUGGCUGGAGGAUUCCAUAGAAGCAUUUAAGUUUUAUAUAGGUGGAGAAAGGUGCAAAAUGAUAGUACAAAACAACAUACACAAUAAACUUACUGUACAGCUUUUUAAUACCUGUCCCGAGGAUAUCAGUUCCAUGUUAGCCCUCACUGGCUACUCUAAUUUGGGGUAUGUGGACCCAUUUGCGAGCAGAAUUUAUUCAAAAUCAAAUGCCACAAAAACUCCAAAAAUAGAAAGAACUCAUAAAUAUUAUUAUAACUAUAUAGAAAGAACAGUUAAUACAACUCUUUGUGUCCGUAUGCUUCAUUAUAUUAAUUUUGAAGAAUUCUAUGUGGCAGUAAUUCAGGAAUAUAGGAAAGAUAGAAAACUACUCAAGGAUAUCACAGGUAAGGUGGCAAAGGAGAGAGAAAUUCGUGAAGAGGAAUUAGUAGUCGGCAGACCUGUAGCUGUAUUGGUCAAGGAAGCAGAAUGGAAAGAAGUUGGCUACCGAGGCAUCAUUGAAUGUGUGAUGCCUGAAACCCAUGCUAGUGUUUGUUUAGUUGAUAGUGGAAGGAGAGUACUAGCAGAGAAGACAAAUAUAAGAAGCAUUCCUCAGUCAUUACUGGAGCAUCCCGUAACAAUUAUUUGUUGUAGAACAGAUGAGCUAGGCAUAGGUAUUACCAUGUCUAGUUUUAAACAGAAAGGGUUCAAAUUUAAUAUCACUAUCAAGGAGCCAGGAUCUGAACUUAAAGUCCCUUAUAGUGUUUUAACCACAAGACUGGAAUAUUAAGUCUGAUAUUUUGAUUCUUAUAUUUUGUGAGCAAACUUUUUUACAAAUUACAGCCACAAGGACUGAAAAUAUACACAUAAAAAUAUACAGAUAAAAGUUAUAGACCAGGGGUCACCAACACAGAUGGCGCCUGGCGGACCGCGAUCCGUAUCCGCCGACUGAUAGUGUUGCGGACCAAGCAUUUUCGAAGAUGAACUUCAUUGAAAAUAACUUUCGGUCUCGACUUACUGAUAAAUAAUAUAGCUUGCACCAACAUUUCACUCUAAACUUCAGAGAGAUAAUUAGCUACAAAAAUUGACACUUUUCUCAUU